AUGAGCACCGAUUAUGAUUGCGCCGACCGUCUCUACUUUGAGGAGCUCAGUUACGAGCGUGUGAUGGACAUCUACGAACUUGAACACUCGUCUGGUGUUAUCGUGUCCGUGGGCGGCCAACUCCCUCAGAACAUCGCUCUUCGCCUCCAGGAAGCCGGUGGCGCUAACGUUCUCGGAACCGAUCCCAAGGAUAUCGAUCGUGCCGAAGACAGGCAGAAGUUCUCUGAGAUCCUUGACAGCAUUGGUGUUGAUCAGCCAGCCUGGAAGGAACUCACAUCUGUGGCUGAAGCCGAGGCAUUCGCCACACAGGUUGGGUACCCCGUCCUCGUCCGUCCCAGUUACGUCCUUUCCGGUGCCGCCAUGACUGUUAUUCGCAGCCAGGAGGAUCUCAAGGACAAGCUCGAGGCCGCCAGUAACGUCUCCCCCGACCACCCCGUUGUCAUUACCAAGUUCAUCGAGGGCGCUCAGGAGAUCGACGUCGAUGGUGUCGCCUCUGAUGGCAAGCUCAUCCUCCACGCCGUUAGCGAGCACGUUGAGCAGGCCGGUGUUCACUCUGGUGACGCCACCCUUGUUCUCCCUCCCGCCAACCUCGAGCAGUCUAUCAUGGACCGUGUCAAGGAGAUCGCCGAGAAGGUCGCCAAGGCCUGGAAGAUCACUGGCCCCUUCAACAUGCAGAUUAUCAAGGCCGACGACCCUGCCGGCGGCGAGGCUGCCCUCAAGGUCAUUGAGUGCAACCUGCGUGCUUCCCGUUCGUUCCCCUUCGUCAGCAAGGUCCUCGGCACCAACUUUAUCGAUGUCGCCACCAAGGCACUCGUCGGCCAGCAGGUUCCCGAGCCCGUCGAUCUCAUGGCUGUGAAGCGCGACUACGUCGCAACCAAGGUUCCCCAGUUCUCCUGGACCCGUCUCGCUGGUGCCGACCCCUUCCUCGGCGUCGAGAUGGCCUCCACUGGUGAGAUUGCCUGCUUCGGCAAGGAUCUUGUUGAGGCCUACUGGGCCUCUCUCCAGUCGACCAUGAACUUCCGCAUGCCCGAGCCUGGCGAGGGUCUCCUCUUCGGUGGCGAGCUUUCCGAGGCAUGGCUCACCACCAUCGUCGACCACCUCGCGCCCCUUGGCUUCAAGCUGUUCGCCGCCGACGCCGAGGUCAAGCGCUUCAUCGAGUCGUCCGCCAAGGGCGGCGCCUCGGUCGAGGUCAUUGAGUUCCCCAAGGAGGACAAGCGCGCCCUCCGUGAGGUCUUCCAGAAGUACGACAUUCGCGGUGUCUUCAACCUCGCCCGCGCCCGCGGAAAGACCGUCAUGGACGUAGACUACGUCAUGCGCCGCAACGCCGUCGACUUUGGCGUUCCUCUGUUCAUGGAGCCCAAGACCGCCAUGCUCUUCGCCCAGUGCAUGGCCGAGAAGCUCCCCCGCGCCGAGGGUAUCCCCUCCGAGGUUCGCCGCUGGUCCGACUUUAUCGGUGGCAAGCCGCUGUAA